AAGCUUCUAUUCACAGACCCAAGCCUCCUUGAGACGCGGCCAAAUCAAACGCCGCCACGCAACCGACCUCUUUGAUAAAAGGCUGCGUUUCCAACGUUGUAUCUCUUACGCAGUGCGGUUGAAGCAACACGAUCUUUUUGCACCGAGCACUGUUACACUGAAGCUCUCCGAUCUCUUCUUCACUUCCCACUAGCUUUCCUCCUCCUGUUUCAUUCUCAUCCUAUCCGUGAUUUUGAUCGGUCGCUUCUCAUCUGGAGCUCCUACUGGAAGUAAUUUCCCCGAUUUCAGGAACGCGGACUAGAUUCACCAUUAUGAGUAAUACCGUCGGCGGAACUAUCUUCCACCAGACUUCGCUUUGUCCAUCGUUUGCUGAAUAUCAAAGUAAGGUUAAUUCUUCUGGCACACCUGCAAGCUCUCUAUUCAAAGCUGUGAGUAUCAACCAAGGGUCAGCACAAACACAGAACUUCCUACUUUCUUCCAAAUUUUGUGGGAACAAGUUGUGUGUGAGGAAACGAAAAUUAGCCAUGGGAAGGCUCGGACGAGUUGCAGGUAUUCCACAUGCUGUGUUAACCACAGAUCACGCUUCAGAGCUUUCAGGGAAAUACAACCUUAAUGGGGAUAUAGAAUUGCAGGUAGGUGUUGAUUCUGUAGCCCCAGGAUCUAUUACAAGAGUAGAAAUUCAGGUUUCAUACAAUAGUGACUCUCUGAUUUUGCACUGGGGAGUUAUUCGUGAUAGGCAUGCGAAAUGGGUACUUCCUUCUCGGCGACCAGAUGGAACAACAGUGUAUAAAAACAAGGCUCUUAGAACUCCUUUUGUAAAAUCUGGCUCAGGAUUCAUUCUUAAAAUAGAAAUUGAUGAUCCCGCUGCACAAGCUAUUGAGUUUCUUAUAUUUGAUGAAGCUAAGAAUAAGUGGUUCAAAAACAAUGGUGAAAACUUUCUUAUCAAGUUACUUGUGAAAGAGAGGCCACCUGUGAAAGAUAGGCCAGUUCAUGAAAUUUCAGUUCCUGAAGACCUUGUACAGAUUCAAGCAUACCUUAGGUGGGAACGAAGGGGUAAGCAGGUGUAUAAUUCAGAGCAAGAGAAGGAGGAAUAUGAAGCAGCCCGAGAGGAAUUGUUGGAGGAAGUAGCCAGGGGUGUUUCUGUACAAGACCUCCGUGCAAGGUUAACAAAUAAAACUAGUUCUACUGAAGCGAAGGAGCCAUCUGUUUCUCAAAUUACGACAAUCCCUGAUGAACUUGUACAAAUACAAGCCUAUAUACGCUGGGAAAAGGCAGGAAAACCUAACUACUCUCCAGAUCAACAAUUGAGGGAAUUUGAUGAAGCAAAGAAAGAAUUGCUAGCUGAGCUUGAGAAAGGUAGCUCCAUUGAUGAGAUACGAAAGAAGAUUACCAAAGGAGAGAUACAAACUAAGGUUGCUAAGCAAUUGCGAAGCAAAAAAUAUUUUAGUGUUGAAAGAAUCCAGCGCAAAAGGAGAGAUUUGAUGCAGCUUAUUAACAAACAUGUGGCCAGAGAUGUAAACCUACAAGAUAUAGCUUCACCAAAAGCCUCAACACUGACAGUACUUGAACGCUAUGCCAAGGAAAGAGAGGAACAGGAUAAAGGUCUUGUUUUGAAUAAGAAAAUCUACAAGCUUGGUGGUAAUGAUCUUCUGGUCCUUGUUACAAAGGAUGCUGACAAGACUAAGGUUCAUCUGGCUACGAAUUUUGAAAAGCCUAUUACUCUUCAUUGGGCCCUAUCCAAAACAACACAAGGACAGUGGUCGGUACCCCCUCCAAGUGCUCUGCCCCCUGGUUCUGUUGUUGUUCAUGAGGCUGCUGAAACACAGUUUAAAAUGAGUCCAUCUGAUUCUUCUUAUCAGGUCCAGACCGUAGACCUAGAAGUUGAAGAUGAUACUUUUAAAGGAAUGCCUUUUGUCCUUCUGUCUGGUGAAAAAUGGAUUAAGAACAACGGGUCAGAUUUUUAUAUAGAAUUUGAUAAAGGAAAGAAGCUGAUACCAAAGGUUAAUGCUGAUGGCCAAGGUACAGCCAAGUUUUUGUUGGAUAAAAUAGCUGAAAUGGAGCACGAGGCACAGAAGUCCUUUAUGCAUAGAUUUAACAUUGCAGCAGAUUUGAUGGAUCAAGCCAAAGAUGCUGGCCAAAUGGGCCUUGCAGGUAUAUUGGUGUGGAUGAGAUUCAUGGCCACAAGACAGCUCAUAUGGAACAAAAAUUAUAAUGUGAAGCCACGUGAGAUAAGUAAAGCACAGGAUAGACUCACAGACUUGCUCCAGAAUGUAUAUAUAAGUUAUCCAGGCUAUAGGGAACUUGUAAGGAUGAUCAUGUCUACUGUUGGUCGGGGAGGUGAAGGUGAUGUAGGACAGCGAAUUCGGGAUGAGAUCCUUGUCAUCCAGAGGAAGAAUGAUUGCAAGGGUGGAAUGAUGGAGGAAUGGCAUCAGAAGUUGCACAACAAUACUAGUCCUGAUGAUGUUAUAAUCUGCCAGGCACUGAUUGAUUAUAUAGAUAGUGACCUUGAUAUUGGUGUUUACUGGAAAACUUUGAAUGACAAUGGGAUAACAAAAGAACGCCUUCUUAGCUAUGACCGUGCCAUCCAUUCCGAACCAAAUUUCCGGAGAGAUCAAAAGGAAGGUCUUUUGCGUGAUCUUGGUAACUACAUGAGGACCUUGAAGGCAGUUCAUUCAGGUGCAGAUCUUGAGUCUGCUAUUUCAAACUGUAUGGGCUACAGAACAGAGGGUCAAGGUUUCAUGGUUGGAGUGCAGAUAAAUGCAGUGUCUGGCUUGCCAUCUGGCUUUCCAGAGUUGCUUGUAUUUGUUCAGGAUCACAUUGAAGUUAAGGACGUAGAACCGCUUCUUGAGGGUUUGCUAGAAGCUAGGCAAGAGGUUCGACCACUACUGCAUAAGCACCAUGAUCGUCUGAGAGAUCUUUUAUUUUUGGAUAUUUCCCUUGAUUCUACUGUUAGGACAGCAGUGGAAAGGGGAUAUGAACAAUUAGAUAAUGCUGGACCAGAGAAAAUCAUCUACUUCAUCUCUAUGGUUCUUGAAAAUCUGGCACUUUCAUCAGAUGACAAUGAAGAUCUAAUCUACUGCUUGAAGGGUUGGAAUCUCGCCUUAAGCAUGCUUAAGAAUAAAGACACACAUUGGGCACUGUAUGCAAAAUCAGUCCUUGAUAGGACACGUCUUGCGCUCACAAAAAAGGCAGAGUGGUACCAGCAAAUUCUGCAACCAUCAGCAGAGUACCUUGGAUCUCUGCUUGGGGUGGAGAGAUGGGCUGUAGAGAUAUUCACUGAAGAAAUUAUCCGUGCUGGAUCUGCAGCUUCGUUGUCCUCUCUUCUUAGUAGACUGGAUCCAGUCCUCCGAAAGACAGCUAAUCUUGGAAGUUGGCAGGUUAUUAGCCCUGUCGAAACAGUUGGAUAUGUUGAGGUUGUGGAUGAGUUGCUUGCUGUUCAGAACAAAUCAUAUGGCCAACCCACUAUUUUGAUUGCAAAGAGUGUGAAAGGAGAAGAGGAAAUUCCAGAUGGCGCUGUUGCUGUCCUGACCCCUGACAUGCCUGAUGUCCUAUCUCAUGUUUCUGUACGAGCAAGAAACAGUAAGGUCUGUUUUGCUACAUGUUUUGAUCCCAAUGUCCUGGCCAAUCUUCAAGCCAAUAAGGGAAAGCUAUUGCAUCUAAAACCGACAUCUGCUGAUGUAGUUUACAGUGUGGUAGAGGAGGGUGAACUAGUUGAUGCCAAAUCAACUCAACUGCAAGAAGAUGGUUCUGUGCCAACAUUAAGUUUGGUCAGAAAGCAAUUUAGUGGAAGAUAUGCCAUAUCAUCUGAGGAGUUUACAAGUGAAAUGGUUGGAGCUAAAUCACGUAAUAUUGCUUAUUUAAAAGGAAAAGUGCCUACCUGGAUCGGAAUUCCCACCUCAGUUGCCAUACCAUUUGGAGUAUUUGAAUAUGUUCUUGCUGAUAAAGAAAAUCAGGAAGUAGCCGAAAGGGUUAAAUUUCUGAAGAUGUCAUUGGCUGAGGGAGACUCCAGUACCCUUGGAGAGAUUCGCAAAACAGUUUUGCAGCUGGAAGCACCACCCCAGUUGGUAGAGGAGCUGAAAACUAAGAUGAAAAGCUCUGGAAUGCCUUGGCCUGGUGAUGAAGGUGUACAACGAUGGGAACAAGCAUGGAAGGCUAUAAAAAAAGUUUGGGGUUCAAAGUGGAAUGAGAGAGCAUACUUCAGCACAAGAAAAGUAAAACUAGACCACGAAUAUCUUGCCAUGGCUGUCCUUGUUCAGGAAGUUAUUAAUGCUGACUAUGCUUUCGUCAUCCACACAACUAACCCAUCUUCAGGGGACUCAUCGGAGAUAUAUGCUGAGGUUGUGAGAGGACUUGGAGAAACUUUGGUUGGAGCAUAUCCUGGUCGAGCUUUGAGUUUUAUCUGUAAAAAGCAUGAUCUGAACUCCCCUCAGGUGUUGGGUUAUCCUAGUAAACCUAUUGGCCUCUUUAUAAGACGGUCAAUUAUUUUCCGAUCUGACUCCAAUGGUGAAGAUCUAGAGGGUUAUGCUGGUGCUGGCCUUUAUGACAGUGUGCCAAUGGAUGAAGAAGAGGAAGUUGUGAUUGAUUACUCAUCCGAUCCCCUCGUAAUUGACGCUGGCUUUCGCCAGAAGAUCCUCUCUAGCAUUGCACGAGCAGGAAGCGAAAUUGAAGAAUUGUACGGUUCUCCUCAAGACAUUGAAGGUGUCAUCAGGGAUGGAAAUGUUUUUGUUGUCCAGACCCGACCACAGAUGUAAGCCUCUGUAUAUACCCAUGUCACUUACCCAACCAUGAGUGGAGUUAGCAAUCUGCGACCCUGCUUAUUACCGAAUUUGGUUUAAACAUUCAAUAUAGGGGUAGAAUAAAAUUAGUUACACGUUUAAUAAUUGUAAUUUGAACAGAUUAUUUUCUUUAUUUGAACAUUUUUUCUUCCUAAUUAAAGGAAAUUCAGGUUUAACGCGCCUGAGAGGCAUACAAUUGACUGCA